AUGCUGCGGGGGUUGGCGACGGCGGCGCUGCGGGGGUGGAAGGCGACGGCGGAGAGGGCGGCGGCAGGGAUCCCCAGUAAGGCUCCCCUCCUUCAAACAGCAAGGAGUUAUGCCAGGCCAGUCCGGAAAAGGAAGCCAGAAAUCCCCAGCCAAUUGGAUGACAUUCCUCCUACGAUGUUGUUGAAAAAUUACGCCCAGGUCCCAGUUAUCAACAAGGUGGAUGAUGUCGUGAAAAGAUUGCUGUCACUGGAAAUGGCAAGCCAGAGGGAGAAACUGAAAAUAAAGAAAGAGCAGCUGGCUGACAAAGUGCGGAGGUCCCCCAAAGACUGUGGUUCUAUUGAAGUUCGAAUUGCCUACUUGACAGCCAGGAUCCGCGCACUCCAGGAGCAUCUUCAUAGGCACCCCAAGGACAAAGCAAACCGCCGCCUAAUGCUGAUGAUCGUCGACCGGCAGAAGAUGCUGCUGAAGGCCCUGCGCCACUCACAGUAUGACGUCUUUGAGAAUACAUGCAAGCAGCUGGACAUUGAGUACACCGUUCCCCCACCGUACCGCCGGACGCCCACCAAGCGCUGGCUGGUGAAGAAAGCCUUUUGCAUAAAGGUCUUCGAAGAGGUAAAGAAGCGGAAAGCUCUUGAGAAAUUAAAACAGAGGCAAGGGCGCGCCAAAGCAGCAAAGGAUCGAGCGCUGCCAAAUGAAGGAACCCCAGUAUAA